UACGGGGUGUGGGCACGUGGCAGCACACUGGCGCUGUCUCCGCCGCCCAUGGCUCCAUCUUCAUGGCUCCGUCGUUGUGUGGCCUGGGCUCUUACCCCGGAUCCUUAAGGCACUGGGUCCUAACCUGUUUUGUGACACUGCUGUUGCUGCUUCCGCCUUCAAACUUAGGUGAUGAAAGGAACGACCAAGCAGUUUGUGGCAAGCCCUGGUGGCCAGACAACUUGGAGGAGAUCCGCCAUUGGCCCUGGGAAGUGAGUCUUCGCAUGGAAAAUAAGCACGUGUGUGGAGGGGCCCUCAUUGAUCUCAUCUGGGUGAUUUCUGCAGCUCACUGCUUCCAGAGCAACAAAGAAUACUCAGUGAUACUGGGUAGCAGCAAGCUGCAGCCCAGCAGCUCUUCUGGGACCCUGAAGAUUCCUGUGGGUGACAUCAUUGUGCAUCCCAAUUACUGGGGCUGGAACUUCAUCAGAAGUGAUAUUGCCCUUGUCCGUCUUAAGACUCCUGUCACCUUCAGCAAGUAUGUGCAGCCCAUCUGUCUCCCAAAGCACAACUUCAGCUUGAAGGUUGGGACCCAGUGCUGGGUGACCGGCUGGGGCAAGAUUAAGCAGUACUCCUCAGACAACCUGACCCUGACUCCAGAGCUCCAGGAGGCCGAGGUAUUCAUUAUGGACAACAAGAAGUGUGACCAUAUUUUCCACCAGAACUCCUUGUAUCCCCGAGUUAUCCACCUUAUCCGGAGGAACAUGAUCUGUGCUGCCAAUUAUGGAGAGAGCCUGUGCUAUGGGGACCCUGGGGGGCCAUUGGCUUGUGAAAUUGAUGGAAGAUGGAUUCUGGCUGGGGUGUUAUCCUGGGAGAAGGCCUGCGUCAAACCUCAGAAUCCAGGUGUAUACACUCGCCUCACCAAAUACACCAGAUGGAUCAAGGAGCAAAUGAACCACGGGGCACUGCCAGGGCCCUGCAGGGCUUCCUGCCUCUUAUUCCUGUCCUGGCUGCUGCAGCUCCUAGUGGACCCAUGACUUCUCCACCCCUUCCCUUCCUGCUUUGCCUCUGCUGAAUGGCACUGGGUGGAUGAUUGAAUGAGGUUGCAUGUCCAUAUUCCAUGGGAGUCAGGGCGGUGAUGAACUGGUCCCUGGAGAACUCGGGUCCUGCAGGGAUGGAUGUGAUGGAUAACUGGGCCAUGAGUGGCCAGGAGAAGGGUGUGUAGCUUGGAAGCAACAUUCUGGAAUUUAAGACCAAGAGAAGAGAUUAAAUCUGUAUGAGCA